AUGGUAACUAGCCACAAUCGAUCAAUACCUAAGGGUGCUGGGAACCUUGAAAGUCAGCUGCUUGGAUUGAAGUUCCGUUUGCCCCAACUUCUAAAAGAUGUGUCAAUACUGGAGAAGGAGGAUGACGGCGAGCUAUAUGGAGUGGUUAGUCUUCAGGUGAUAGAGAAUGAACUCGUUGAGAUCAAGAAUAUUGUUGACAAACUCAACAGAACCACCCAGGAAUUCCAGCACUUAACUACUGAUUCUGGCAGACAGCUGAUGCAACUGAAAGCAGAGCUGCAGGAGUUGGAGCAAUAUGACAGCUUACAGGUAGAAAAGAGCCGUAAAGCCAACCAGCGCCUAAAAAGAGACCUGGAAAUAUGCAGGAAUGAUGCACACAAUACACAGCCCACUCCUCAUCCAGACAGUGGGCAGACCUCAGAUGUCUGUCCCCAUGGCAAGUUUGUGAAUAUUACUGGGCCUAGAUUCUACUCCAAUGGAGAAUCUACUGUUAACCAUAAGUAUGGAGGCUGGGGCCGUGACCCAAAACCCGAGUUGGGGAAAGAGAACUGGUAUUGGCGGGUGAUAUUAGAUGUCAACAACAUAUAUGCCAACCAUAUCACUUUCUACUCCAGCCUGAGUUCUCUGACCGUAGGAAUUAAGUUACCAGGUAAUUUCUACAUCAAUCCUUAUAAUCCAACCACCAACACCAUUCAAGGACCAAAUGUUGUUCUAUAUGGUGACGCCUUGUUCUACAAUUGUUAUAACUUUGACCAACUUUGUCGGUUCAACGUAACAUCCAAAACCGUUUCCACCCUACAGUUACCUCAAGGCACCAGGUAUAACUCAAACGGGAAUUUUUGCCAAUUUAGCGAGUGCUACAUAUAUACUGACAUCGACCUUGCAACAGAUGAGUCAGGUGUGUGGCUCAUCUACAGCACGGUCCAUUACUUUGGUAACCUGGUGUUGGCCAAAGUGGAAGGAGAUCCACCUACGCUCAACCAAACUUGGCACACCUCAGUCUAUAAGCAAACGGUCACCAACACCUUCAUGGCUUAUGGUAUCCUCUAUGCGACACGAUUUGUAAAUAAUGACAUGGAAGAGAUUUUUUAUUCAUUUGACACCUCAACUGGAGAAGAGAAGUUCAAACUUGGCAUCUUCUUCCGCAAGAUGUGUCCUGACAUUAACUUCCUGAAUUACAGCCCAAGGGACCAGAUGUUGCACGUCUACUGUGACGGCUACAUGGUCUCUUAUGACUUUUUGUUUGAAUAAAUACUGUAAGUACGACAGGCUGAAGUCAUUUAACUUGAAAGUAAAGUUCCAUUUUCAUCUUUUUCUUUCGGCUUGUUGCAUUAGGAGGGAUGGGAUGAGACACAAAUUCCAUA